GUCCUAAAAUGAAGGCAACAGUUGGAAUAGGACUUGCCAUAUUUUGUUCUGAAUUCCUAAUGCAGGUUUUGUCAAUAGCUGUUAAUGAUAGAAGUCAUAAGUACAUUGAAAUGAUACAGCCGAAUGAACAGGACGACACGGCAACUACCGAUACAGGAAAUGGACUGUUUCUCAUGAUAUAUAAUAAAACAUUCAGAAGAAGAAAACCUUUUGCAAACGCAGUAAAGAUUGAAGUUAUGAGUGCAGUUUAUUCUGUGAUAUCAGUCAUUGUACUAAUGAUUGAAAUAACGUUCAUUGUACUGAACGCCGUGUAUGGGCUUUCACACGUGAUAGACAGAAAAUGGAUAACAGAAGGUCUAAGUAACCAGUAUAUAACGUCUUCAAUAGACCUUGAAUCGUUUUACAAGUUCCUGUCUAUAGGUUCAAUUGUAAUUGUUCCUAUUAUUUCGAUCAACCGACUCGUUGGACUAAUAGCAAUCUCAACAAAACAGACGAAAAUACUCUAUAUCAAUUUUAUACUGACGAUAGUAGCUUCCAUUGUGACCUUUAUAUUUGUAAUUCUGACCUCGGUCCUCCUCUCUGGUGAAAACAGUUGUACCUAUACUAUCAAUAGUAGUAAGCAUUCGUGCCCGGAAAUGAAUUACAUAGUAGGAGUACUACUCAGUGUACUGAUUAUUGAAUUGUUAAUGCAGAUAACUCAUGCAGUAUUGUCAGCAAAAGUCAAAGAUCAACUUAAAGCAAGAAUAAUGGAUAGUUCAAACCCUUUACCUGAAUCAAAAAAAAUAUUCCAUCGGCCAAGCCAUGUCCCGGGCUCAGACACUGAAAUUGAUCCUGAUGACUUAGAAAAGUUUAAUAGUUAAGAGACAUACUAUGCUGAAUUAUUUUGUUUUAUUAUUCUUUUAUGUCGCAUAUGUUUUAUUAUAGAUUUUGUAUAUUACAAAAAAAAAUUCUUGUAGGUUGUCGAUCUUUUACUGGUCUGAAUUCAGCUUACUCGUUUUUAGUGAUAUAUCUGUAUUUCAGCGUUUUGAUUUUCAGUUUUGUACUGUUGAUAUUAGAGAGAAGUAGGUCUUUGCACUUCGACUUCUUCUUAACUUUGUGUUAUGAUUUAAUUGUUUGUAGCUUUUCAAUAUGAUUCAUAAUAACAAUCUGAAUUUGAGAAAUAUAUGUUUUCGUGAGUAUAUUUUCCAAAUGUUGUUAAUCGACUGCAUAUAAGAAGUUUGUAAUUCGUGAAUCCAUUUCUUCCGAAUCUACAUGACUACUAGUACCUGAAAUUUUAUUGUUUGUACUCCAAAAGGAAUAUGAUUUUGAUUAAUUGGU